AUGCAAUUCCUUCCCUUUGUCGUUCUUGUUCUUUCGAUUGCCUUCGUUUUGGUGGCUGCUGCUCCAACUACCCAAUCAGAAUCCCAGUCCUAUUCUUUCCAUCAUAAUAACCACUGUAAUAACAAUUCGAGAACAGUCAAUAAUGUCAAAUUUGAGAAAAUUAACUGCACGGCGGAAGGAACAUUGACAGUGAGCAACGGUGAAGUUUGCACUGUUUCCACCUACAAGAGGUCCACUGUCACCGUGAUUCCACUUCCUGAAGGAGCAACAGAGGAUCCACUGAAUGGUGUUGCUCAGUGCACAAAGACACCAUGUGACGUCAAGGAGGCAAUUACUGUUGACUGCUCUGUUGCGUUCACUGAAAAACAAAUUUCUGAUAUCCUCACUAAUACACGUUCUGAUUAA